UGACUUUUUUUACUACAGCACUUAGAUCGCCGCAGCCGGGAGCGACUACGACCGCCAAAGUUUUUUUAGAUCGUUUUGGAUACCUAGUUGAAAAAGAUUCAAAAUGCAAAUCAAGCUAGUGAAGCACGAUGGGAACAGCGACAAAGAGAAGAAUAUAUCCAUGCACAAAGCUACAGUAGAGGAAGCUCUCUCCCUCACAGGCUUCGGCAAGUACAACUUCGGCCUUCUACUAGUAUGCAGUUGGACAUUACAGGCUAUGGGCAUGGACUUGUUUGGAAGCAGCUUCGUGGUGGCGGCUGCUGUUUGCGACCUUGAACUGACCUUGCAGCAGCGCGCGCUGCUGACUGCCAUGCCUCUUGUUGGAGUUGUGAUGGGCGCCCAAGUAUGGGGCUACAUAGCGGACACCCGGGGUCGGCGACUAACGCUGAUGCUGUCCAUGUCGGUAGGGUUCGUCUUCGCCGCAUUGAGCAGCCUCGCACCUGACUGGAAGACCAUGGCUGUGCUUAAAUUGCUGUCAUCUACCUUCACGUCGGCAUCGAACUCCGGCGCAUACACUCUGCUGGGCGAGAGUUGUUCGGAACACACGCGCGGGAAAGUCAUGCUGCUAUGCACAUGCGCUCUCAUGUGCUCGCAGGCUGUUGCCGCUGUAUUCGCCUAUCCAAUCCUGCCUUUGGAGUUCGCCUAUCCUCUGGACUUCCUCGGCAUCACGUACCGGCCCUGGCGACUCCUGGCAUUCACCAUGGCUCUUCCGUGCGCCGCCACUGCAGCCCUCCUGCGACUCUUCCACGAGAGUCCCAAGUUCUUGACUUCCAGAGGCCGCUAUGAGGAGGCCCUGAAAGUCUUGAAGGGCAUAUAUGCCACCAACACUGGUGAUAAAGCUGAUAAUUUCCCUGUCAAGAAACUACAGGCAGAGAAAGAAGAUCAGCCAACCCUGGUUGAAGGGUCGUUCCUCAGGUCUCUAUGGCAACAGACAAUGCCUCUCUUCAAAGCACCGCUGCUGAAAGACACCUUGAAACUCUUCUAUCUAGUCACUGUUAUUUAUAUGACUGGCAGUGGCUUCAUCCUAUGGCUGCCUUACAUCAUGAACAACUUGUUCGUGGUGCUGGAGUCAGGUGGUGGAGACGGCAUGAACCUCUGCUCCGUCAUCAAGUAUUCUGCCGAAGAAAGUUUCAUAGCCGGCAACAGCACUGACAUAGAAAUCUGCAACGACACCAUCCAAGAGACAACUCUUCUCUCUGCCAUGACCUAUGGAGCCAUUGCCAGCUCCAUCAACUUGGUACUCUCCCUCACAUGUGGAGCAAGAAAGAGGCUUGCUAUGAUGGGCAUCCUCACCAUGUCUGCUACAGCUGCGAUCCUUCUCAACCUGGUGAAGGUGCCGAUAGCUGGGGGAAUAUUCUUCUUCAUGUUCAUCAUGGCUGCCCUCUCAAUGGGCAUCCUGAGCGUCUACUUCGUUGAGCUUUAUCCCACUUCUUUGAGAGGCAUGGCGUCUUGUCUAUCAGUGAUGCUGGGAAGAUCCAGCGCAUUCGUCGGGGUGAAUGCGAUCGGUGCCCUCAUAUCGCUGGACUGCGAAGCUACUUUCUAUGGGUGGUCGCUCUUGCUGAUAAGUGCAAUAGUAUUUGCCUGGUUUCUUCCACGCGACAAAAGCCUUCAGAAAUGAGUAGCUGGAAUAUCAACCUGAGCUGCUAUAACUUUAAGUCUAAGGCAAAAGUGCUGACCGCACCACUAUAGACGACAAUAGCGCUUUACCACUUGACCAGUGACAGAAGUUUAUAUAUGCUGUUGACGUUUCUUCACACUGCCCUGAGAAAUGUCAGUUUGACAUUAGAUAAGAUUCCGUCAACGAAAGCAAUUCCAUUCAACAAUAAGAGGAUGGCUGCACGGCUUUGCCUUUGCCCUUCCCCAAGGGGAUAAACAAGAUAAAAAAGCACGUCUAUUCGCCUUCGGUAUGGAACUGACAGACGUCAACGAGACCGCGAAGAGUGCAACGUCACACCCCUGAUACUGCAUAUAAAAAUCUUAUUCAUAUAACGUGUAAGUGCGAGCGAGACGGUCGGCGCGCUCCUCCUUUAGCAGCUUACGGCCAGACUAAAGUAAGACCCAGAGGGGGUGCGGCGCCCGUCACGGACUGGUGCGGGGCGGAAAGUUACCGUUCUAUACGUAGCAUUACUUAUUCUUUAUUCUAUAAUAGUGUUGAAGUUGCUUAUCGAAAAUCACACACUGAAACUACUGUGCUGUAGAUUGAGUGGUUUGGUAGUUAGUUUUUGACGUCGCUGACAAGCGUAAUUCUGAAAUUACAUUUAGAGAACAUAAUCAUUUAACUCGUCUGGGGUGUUAAAAAGGCCACAUCGAAGCAAUUCAUCUAAAAAGGGAUAUUGCUAUUUGACAUUUGCGCAUAUUAAAAGUAAGUGCGUAAUGCAAACAAAUGUCGAAUAGCAAUAUUGCUUUUUUACAUAAAUUGCUUUGAUGUGGCCUUUUUAAUCCCUCUGGUCUAUUUUCGGCAAUCGUCGUAUUUCCAAAUUCAAACUAUUUUUUAAAUUUAAUUUAUUGUGUAUCAGAAUUUGAAUUCAGAACUAAGUAAUUUAUUUUUGUUUUGUUUACGCGGCAAUUGAUACGAUGAUUGCCAAGGGCCUUUAGAAUAUAGAAUCAUUGUACAUAACUGUACUUACUUUUCUUGACGAGUGUUUGUGAACGUUCCUUCAUUAGGUUUAAUGAGUCUGACUGAUCGGUUUUGGUCCGUAUCGUUGUACCUGACAAUCAACUGAUAGAUAAGAUUAUUUUAAUUUAUUAAGUUAUUAUAUUCGUGUGUCAUAAAAUAAAGUAUGCUUGUAAUUAGGAGAGUAUGACGAAGUGGAAGACCAAAGUCUAAAGAGCAACAUAACACACCUCUGUUUUGAUACCUGUAGUCUAACAAAACUUGAUAAGGAUAUAUCAUCGGAGGCAGAUUUUAUGCCUCCUCCUCAUAAUAAUAUUAUUAUGACUCUAGUUUGGGUUUUUCCUAAUAAGACAUAAAACUCAACAUAUCCAUUGGCAACGUUUCGUCAUUGUGCAACGUUGCCAAAGCCAAAACUAAACAUUCUUUAAGUAAGUAGGAUAAGCAUACUCGUUUGUCUCAAAUAUUGUAUACUUGUAUGAUAGGUUUUAAAUACCUUUAAAAUUACAAAAAAAAACAACAAAAAAUAAAUAUUAAUCAUAUUAUUUAUUAUUAUUAUUUGUUUUUAUUUUAAAUUACCUUUGACUCAAUUUAAGACAAAAUUGUAUAA